GAUUUUCCCAAAUACGGACAAUGUCAUUGUAGAAGCUUCUUUAGUGUUUGUCUUUUGAAAAUAUUUGUCCCGGAUCGAUGAUCAAGCUCGCAAGAUUAAUAGUCUUUGUUCAAUUGAGCGUUCUGAUCGAGGUUUCAAAGUCGCUUGGAUAAUUUGAUUCUUGCUUGUUUCUCGACCAUAUGCCGCACGAAGCCGUUGUUCAUGGCUAACCCUAACGUAGAAACCUCACAUAGGCUUGAAAAGGCAUUCAAGGUGAUUUCUGUGGCCACAGCAAGAGGAGAUGGCUCAAGGAAUGAAGCUUUAUCACCCAUCACUUCACCAACUCAAAUACAGAAAGUUUCCUUGGUAAAGUUGACACCAUUGGAGGCAACUAAUGCAACUCGGACAUCAGCUCUCUCCCCGAAUACGUUGAAUAGACUCGUUGAAGAACAGGCAAAAUCCCACGAAGCCAUUGAGGCCUUGCAGCAACGUGUGCAGGCAGCUACGCCAAGUAAUUUUUUAUCCGAUGCACGCAAGGAAUUAGAGCAAAGUGCCGUAAAACAAAGGAACGUUUUGAACCAAAUACUUGGCACACCUGUGCCGUCCUCGCCGGCGACGCUAUCGAAGACUAGAAAAGGCAUUCAAUCCGCCAUGUUGGAUAUUUCAAGUGACGCCAUGCAUUCAACACCGCUUGCCCAAAAACUUUUCCCCGCUGGCUCAGAUUUUGGUGAUGACAUUGAACAUGAGAUCCUCAACAGGAAGGACUCGAACAGAAGGAAUAAGAAAUCCGAUACGGAUAACGAUACCGGGGUCGAAUCCGAUACGGGUUCUGAUCCCUGUGGUGAAGAUGACGGUAUCAAAAAGCCUAGAGUGGAAAUGACUGGAGUAUUACCUACGAAAGAUCCUGACCGGGCCAGACAUUUUUCCCCGAUGGGAAAAACGGCCUUCUCGCGUGAAUCGAAUUCAACGCGUGGAAAGCACAAAGACGAAUUGCUGGUGUAUCUUGAAAUAAUUGAACAAAAAGCAUUAGCUGUUGAAAGUUUGAUAGAGCAAGCUAAAUUAGAUACGGUGCUUCACAUACGGAAGCAAAUUGAAGCUGAAUUCAAUGGUGUGCCUUUGCAAGAAAUCCCCGCAAAGUGCCAUCAGAAAAUCGACCGCGCUAUACAGAGAUAUCUGGAGCGAGAAUUGGAAAAGAUCCGAGCGAAUUAUGAAAACAAGGAGGCUGGGAGCGAGCCACAUGGCGAAGUCGAGAGAAUUGAUAGAGAGAGCAAACAGAGUGGCAUGGGGAGAGGGAGACCGAGCGAUGAAAUUCAGGACCUGGAGCGGGAAAACGAUGAUCUGCGAGAUAGAAUAGGGGGUCUGGAAGUGAGUGUCGACCGGGUCGACAGGUUGUACUUGAUGCAGAAAAAGGAAAACGAAUACUUGACCGAGAAGGUCACGAAGUUGGAACGACAGUUGGCGAAUGAGAAACUGAGGUAUGAAAAUGAUCUGAACAAUGUCAAAAACGACUUUGAGGAAACGAGAAAGGAUAGGAAUUUUUCGAAGGAGAAAACCAUCGCGAGUAAAAUUGACUUUGGAAACGAUUCUGAGACGAUGGUUUCGCUUUAUCGUAAGUUGGAACAAGAGGAAAAGCAGAACAAAGCCUUGAGAGUUGCCGGAGAGGCAGACCAGACGACCAUACGAUGUCUUGAAGGGAAAGCAAGCGAACUUGAGCGAGAAUUGCAAAAUUCAAGGCGAGAAGUGAGCGACUUGUUGCAGGAAAUCCGCGAACUGCAAGGCCACGCAGAAAGACGGGACAGGAAGUUGCAGGAAUGCGAGGCUCAUUUGAAAGAGGUCUUGGACGAGAGACGAGUGCUUCGGGAGACCUUGGUGAUGUCUGAACACGAAAUAUCGCUUUUGGAAAAUAAACUAGGAGACGACAACAGCGGUGCUUGGAAGGACAGCAAGAAGGAGAUCUUAGGAGAACUACGAAAGCUUGAAAAACACAUCAAGGUUAUACAUAAAGAGAAACGAAAGCUCGAAAAUAAAUAUCUUGCUUUUAAGAUCGAGAACGAGCAUUUGAGUGAUUCACUGCAUUCGUUCAGUAAGACCAAGGAUAUCUUGACUCCAAUGAGCAGUUGCAAUGUUAGUCGAAAUCAGAGCACGUUAUCGUCGCACUCCAGUUCGAGGUCUUCGUCGCUCGCGGGCUCAGAUCUGGAAGACGAGGAGGCCGAGGAUAGUCGUCAUGUAAGCCGAGGGAGAAUUGCGCAUGGAACUGGGCGGAGGCGAAAACGGAGCGUACAGGAUCAGAAAGACAAAAAAUUUGCAGAAGCUGUGGCAAGAAAGCUGAUGUUUGCACAACAAGUUCUCAAGGAUCAAAAUUGUAAUUUUUCUAGUUUCGAAAAUUCCGGGGAUGAUCUUAUCAAUGAAGCAGACCAGCUGGUUAAAAAAGUGGACAGUUUGCAAGCUGAGAAGCUUGCGAUAAAGAUGGAGCUUGAAUCUGUACGAUCAGCCCAACCGGUUUCCUAACCACCGAACCAUGCAGUGUCUCUCAACUCGUGUUUCAUGCACUCGUGGCUAGUGUAUAUGGUGGAAAAUGUCGAAGAAAUCUCUUAAUCUUCAUUUAGUAAACUUGCGAGGUUUUGUGAAAUGUGAAAAUUAUAGCCCAGUGCCAGUGGAGUACUUUAGUGCAUUUAGAAAUUCUCCAUGCAAAUGAAAUUCUUAAUAAAAAUGUAUAUUCAGAAUUCGCCAACUUUAAAAGGCUGUAUUUUAUUAUCUAAAUCUGCUAUUUUGUCAAAUGAAAACUUUUUAUACAAUUGGUUCACAAGCUAUUUACAUUCAUUUUUUUCACAAAUAUUUUUACGAGACCUAUUGUGAAAUUUUAUACAUGAAAUCGUUGUGUGAUGCUAUUGUUAAAUGUAAAUACUAGAUGUUGUUACUGCUAGUGCA